UGGUGUAUUAUACACAUGCUCCUUUCCACAGGAGAGACGUUUAGAUCUCUGAGCUUCCAGUACCGGAUCAGCCGUAGUACCAUCAGUGAGAUAGUAAUGGAGACUUGUCAAGCCUUGUAUGGAGUCUUAAAGGAUGAUCAUUUAAAGACUCCGACAACAGAGGCAGAGUGGAGAGAGGUGGCAAUGGGAUUUGAAAACAAAUGGCAAUUUCCUAAUUGCUUAGGAGCCAUAGAUGGAAAGCACAUCUACAUCCAGCCACCUGCAAACUCUGGAAGUACUUACCACAACUACAUGUCCAAAUUUUCUGUUGUACUCAUGGCAGUAGUCGACGCAGAUUACAGAUUUAUUAAUGCAAAUGUUGGCGUACAAGGAAGAGUGUCAGAUGGAGGAAUAUUUGGCCAGUCAGACCUCCGAGCUGCCAUGGACAGAGAUCUGCUGAAUGUCCCACCGCCAGAGCCACUACCAGGGAGUAACAUAUCUUUGCCCUAUGCAUUUGUUGGUGAUGAAGCUUUCCCUCUCCGAAUCGACCUGAUGAAGCCAUACCCCUUCCGAAAUCUGGACCAUGGGCAGCGAAUAUUCAACUACAGGCUAUCAAGGGCCAGGCGUACAGUUGAAAACACAUUUGGAUUUUUGGCCAAUAGACUUCCGUGUUUUUCUUUCCAACAUUGCACUGGAGCCUGAGAAAGUGACAACAGUUACACUAGCUGCACUCUGUUUGCACAACUUCCUGAGGAAGAAGGCGUCAGAUGUGUACCUGCCUUCAGCCUUUGCAGAUGUAGAA